AUGCCGGAACUCCGAAGCCUGCCGCUCCUGACCUCGUCGCAUCACCGCGCCGCUCGCCUCAGCCCAGCACCCGGUGCCUUCGCCGCCCGUCUCCGCUCACCGGACGCCGCGCCUGCGCACCCGACGCCGCGCCUCCGAAGCCCGAGGCCUGCUCCGCUCCACCGCCGCUCCGCGGCAGCCGAGCUCUCACCGUUCACCACCGCGCCGCUCCCGAGCCUGAGCGACCUACAACUCGCCUCCACUGCUCGCCCACGCACCAGCACCCGCAGCCCCGACCCGCACAGCCGCCGCUCCGACGCUCGCCGAUCCGCCUCCGCCCGCACCGGACCGCGAUCACCCUCGCCCGUCUUUGCAGGUUGCGACUCCAGCACCACCGGAGCCCGUGCACCGCCGCCACCGACGACCAGCAGUCUCGGCGCUGUUUAG